CUUUUUAAUUAUCAUUAACUAAUCUUUUCUCCUUUGAUAACCCACUAAAAUGAAAAAAGAACAUUCUGCACUUGCGAGGGACUGCCAGUGCCAUGGAUGGUGGACCGCGCACUCGAGUCUCGAACUCGAAGUGCGUUUGUGCUACAAUCUCGAAAAGGCUGUAAAAGUGAAGUUUGGAAACAUCAAGGGUCGAUAUCAUGAUCUGUAGGUGUAAAGCUCUGCAUGGUGCAUAUACCAUCAUCCACCAUGAAAUUAUAGGGGAUAUUAUUACUGGUGGUUACAAACUUACUUGAAUUGCAUGCACUUAAUACGAACACGAUGCCCGAUAACAUGCAACCUCGUGCCGUGCAUGCCGUGGGGCCGGCUGCAAAAAAACACCCAUGAUUGGGACCCCCCCUUUUUUUUUUCAAACGAAUAAUCUUGCUCGAUGUAGACAAGUCACAAUAUUACAGUUUUUUGCUGGGAUAAACCAGUCCUGAGGCUGAGGCCGGGACCCUCCCCCCGCAACUCCCCCACCUAACAUCGAGCUUCCAUUGGACCUAAUGCCCAAUUCAUUAUAAAUGAGAUCUAAUCAAUUCUGACAACACCACGAUGCCCAAACAAAACCCCCCCACGAGACCAAAUACCUUUCGUUUGACACAUGAUAUUCAACCACCAUUGUAAAAACCAUCAACAACAUCAGAACUGCUAAGUUAUCUUACCUUUUAAAGCGUGGAACUUAAUUUUCCCACACAUUCCCAAACUCAAAGCCCCCUUAGCUUCAAAUUAUUCCUGAUCAAUAUGCUAUCCGCACCCUUUCUGAUGAGCCUGUUGUUGGAGAGGAAAAAGCCAAGAGCUACCACCGAUGAAUUGGCUGCGGUUAAAGCGGCUGCAUGGGCGUGGUACCAACGUGGACCUGGGUCGGACGGGAGGGUUAUGGCUGAAUAUGAUCUUAUGAGGACUCGUCGAACACCUGGACCGUCUCUUUUCAAGCUGGAAGCCAUGAGACUGGCCGAAGAAGAAGCCAUAUUGGAAGGAUACUCGCAAGCGUCGAGUAGUCCGAUCUAUACUGAUAGAUCUCUUCUAGAUGCUUUUGAGAUUGAGAGUAUUUCCCGGCAACUGGACUGUCUGAUAGAAUCCAGUGGCAGCAAGUUUCAUAGAAAAUUCAUGGCCGGAGAUCAUCAUGAUCAUGAUCACCAAGAAAACGUGACAGUAUUGCUGAAUAAUGGUACUGGUACUGCAAUGAAGAAAAAUAAAAAUAAAAAGAAAGGGUUUUGGCAAAGGCAUGCAAUGGUUGCAUGUGGCACGAGGGAAGAUCAUGUGGUGGAUGCUCUCAGAGAUCGCCGGAAACCUCAUGAAAAGCGCACACCGGUGGCCGUUACUGGGCUCGCUACAUCUAGGCCACGGGGCAGCCAUGCCUGAUGAUCAUGCACAGUUGCAAUAUUGGGUUCCGGUUUGGUCGUUAGAUCGAAUUAAAUUGUAUUGAAUUGUCAACUGUCUAUUAAUCUGUCUUGCAACGCACCUCCUAGCUAAGUCAUCCUAGGUGUAACUUCUCCAAGAGGUUUACGUGUUGAUCGCUGAACUACAAAUCUCUUGAUCUGCGACUGCGCACACCGAAAUUAUGGAUGGCUGGCCAAAAGGCUUUUGAUCGAGCAUGCUUUUGGAAAGAUCGUCAACAAAUUGUUAGAAUUCAUUUGAUCAACCGUGUUGCUGUCUGGAAGAGACAAAAAGAAGGGUCUAUUGACGCAGUCUGAGCAUAUAGCUAGCCCACGGGAGUAAAAAUAAAGAAUAAUAAAAUUGCUUCUGUUCUCUCUCACUUCUUAUUUUUUUUUGUCUGGUCAAGUACAUGUAUGUCUUAAAAAUGAUGGCAGAUCAAAGAAAAAGAAUAUCAUCACAAUGUUGUAAGAACUGCUUGAUCUUUCCAAGUGAAAAAUUUUGACCACUUGAUGUUGUAACUUUUGUGUUUGUACGUUUGUUUUUUCCCUUCAAAUUUUCCUGCUGCAGCCCACAUGCAUGGUACUGUUUCUGUAGGCUGAUGUCCGAUGUAUAUUGUCUGUCACAAAAAGGAACUUGCUAUUAGCA